CGGGCGUUCCCGCCGUGGAGCGGGGGGGGGGGCCUGCGCGCUAGUGUGCUCCUGGUCCGGCCCCUACGCCCCGGGCGGCGUCACCAGUAUACAUAGUGCGCUGGGCCACGAGUCAGCGAGACGAACUUGCUGCGCCGCCCAGGGUCACACCUGCGUGCCCCGCGGCCUUUGCGUUACGGCGCCUGGCCCAGCCCGGCUGUGUGUAUCCUCAGUAUUGAAACGCAAGUGCUCGCAAGAAGGGCCGCAGAACAAGGCGUGUCAAAUGUAA